GGCUGGGUGAGGCGUCCCCGCACCGGGACUGUCUCUCCCCGAGCGGGCCGCGAGUUACAUAAUACAUGGGGGGCGGGGUCUCCUCCUGUGCGUGUCUAGUUCAGUGUCACAGCGGCUGAGGGCGGCUUAACAACAACGUAUGUAAUUUAUGGACCAACUCAGCCAUGUACACACAGCCCCUGCUCCGGUGGGGAUCACUGAAUACGACUGCACCGAAAGGCUGGAGGACAGAAGGGGGCGCAGUUCCCUUUUCUGAUGUGUAACUUUCAGUGCCCCUGGAUGGCACUAGAAAAGUCAGUUGGCAUCGUUAGCUCCAAGUCACAUGGGGGUGGGGUAGUGCAAUUCUAGCAGCUGUAGUUCAAAACAAGUUGGCCUGUCAGGGAAAAAGCCAUACGUAAACAGCGUACAUCACUUCCUUUUGCCCCGGGGGAAAGGUUUGUAACAGUCACUUUUGGACUCAGAGGUAUCAGGAAUUGAGGUGUUACAGGUUAAGAGCAUGGGCAUCCAUGGAUUAAUGAGCUAUGUGGGAGAGCACAAGCAGUUCUUCACUGAUCUACAAUUAAGGAACACAAAAAUAAUCAUUGAUGGAAAUAAUUUGUUUCAUCGGCUUUAUUUUGAAUCAAAUCUAGACCUCCAACAUGGAGGGGAUUAUGAUUCUUUUACAGAUAUUGUACACAAGUUUUUUGAAACUUUGUCCGUAUGCAAAAUAUACCCAUAUGUUGUGUUGGAUGGAGGGUGUGACUUGUCGGAUAAGAAGUUUGUGACAUUAAAAGAAAGAGCCCGGGAUAAGAUCCAGGUAGCAUAUUCCAUCUCUAGAGGUGGUGGUGGAAGCGUGCUACCCCUGCUCACCAGAGAAGUUUUCAAGCAAGCCUUGACCAAAUUAGAAGUGCCUUUUGUCCAGUGCUUCUCAGAAGCAGAUAGGGAUAUUGUGUCAUUGGCUAAUCAUUGGAACUGUCCCGUAUUAACUUUAGACAGUGACUUUUGUAUUUUUGAUUUGAAAGCUGGGUAUUGCCCUCUGAAUUACUUUCAGUGGAGAAACCUUUGCACCUGUGAAGGCACACUGGACUGCUACAUUCCAGCUCGAUGCUUCUCUUUAGAGAGACUGUGCAGCCACUUCAGUCAUAUGAACAAAGCCCUUCUUCCUCUCUUUGCUGUAAUGAAUGGUAAUGAUUACAUUAAUCUGCCAGCUCUGGAGACAUUCUUCAGCAAGGUGCGCCUGCCAGUUGGAGGCUCUGGCUGGAGCGGGAGGAAGCAUGUCCGCAUUCAGGGACUUCUAAACUGGUUAUCCCGUUUUGCUGACCCCACAGAGGCUAUAGCCAAUGUUCUGAAAUAUCUUAAAAAGCAUGAGAGAGAAGAAAUAAGGGAGCUUCUGUGCGCUUCCAUGGAGGAAUAUGAAGAGUCUGAUGUGAAUCUUGAGGAUUUUUUUCAGAAUGGAAACUUUGACUCUCAGGUGACCAGGAAAUUAGAGUUACCACAAUGGAUGCUUGAGGCUUUGGCAAAAGGUCAUUUGUCUCCAUUCAUUAGUGAUGCCCUUCUAUUAAGAAGAACAAUCCUUCAUGUUCAGGUGGAGAACAUGCAGAGGCCUAGUGCUCACACAGUUGCCUUACCCAUUCGUCAAGUCAUCUAUGGGUUACUUCUGAAUGCCUCUCAAAAUUCUGAAGUUACUUCCCCAAGUAAGCAGUCCAACAAGCUGCCAAUUGUCCGUGAAUUUGAUAGAAGCCAAAAGACUCUUAAAAAAUCCUUUGUUCCAACAACAAUGUUGCCUCGGGAUUUUUGUGAAGACCAUCGCCCUUUGGCCACAUUAACUGAGGAGCUGCCAUGCAAGGAAAGAAGAAGUGCUGUCAUUCCUCAGCCCAGCAGGGAGUUGCAGGUGCCCAGAUCAGAUCGGCUAAAACUUCUGUUGGAGACAUUAGGAGUGAAAGCCAGCAUCCUACAACCCAUCCCCAGUCCCUUGUGGCUCCCUGUUGCUGUAACCUGCUACUGGAUGCGUUACUCAGAACCCAAAGUGAAAUUGCAUCAUUUACAGGCAUUACUUCUAGGAAUGGUAUUUGGGGAAUUGCACAAGACAACAACAAGUAGCCCAGAUCCUGCAGUUUUCCAUGUCAAAGAUAAAAUGAUCUAUGACCAGUUUCUAAAAUGGAAAGAAAAGAAUUUUCAGAAAUUACUGGAUUUAGACACAGCACACACUUUCUGCCAGUGGCAGUGCUGCCUCCAGAUGGGAUUGCAUCUCAACCAGCUACUCUCUACUCCUCUCCCUGAACCAGACUUAACUCGGCUUUAUUGUGGGACCCUUGUGCAUAGACUAUGCAAAGAGCUUAAAUCAGCACAUGGAGCAGAGAAUCUGCUUAUCUCAUCUCCAAAGAUGAGCCAGCUUUAUUGUGAUCUGCUCCAUGCAGUAAAGUCAACUGUACCUCCAGACUUCUUCCAGGAGACAACCAAGACAACCAAAUCCUGCAAGGAAAAGAACAAGCAAGCCACUAGUCAAGCAGAGACUACCAGACAGCAUGCUACAUUGGAAGCUCAGCCUUUCUGUGAUGUUAACAAUAGGUUUGCAUCACUAAUGGUGGAAGACUGAAAGCAGCACAUACAUGACAUUCAAAUAAUUCUGCCUUGUGAAUGGAUCACAGUUACAAUGAAGUGGGUGAACUGCAUUGGAACGUAACUGGCCUUUUUACAAAACUUGAUUCACAUGGAUCAAUUUUUAGAAUGAAUCUUGCUACAGUGAUUUUUUUCCCUAUAAAUAACGUUCUUAUAGGAUACUGUCUGAACUUUCCAAAAAUGGUCAGUCAUUUGAUGUCCUUGAAUACAACAGAGGAAAUGAAAUUUACAAUUUUAAAGUAAAGCAGUAAGAGGACACUACUCUUCCCAUCCCUCCAACCACCAUUUGCAAAAAACACACACACGAAAACCACGCCAUCACAACUACAUACUAGACAUGGAAAGCUAAUCACAAAUUUAAUUUUGCAAGGCCAGCGUCCACCAGUGAGAUUUAAAAAAAAAAAGUUUCCAAGGGCGGAAACAUGGGCCCCUGACUUCCGUUGACUUUCAGUGGAAGUUGGGCCAUCUGCUGUGCCUCUGGUAUUCUGGUUUCUGAACUGUUGGGGAAAGAAACUGGAACUUAUCCUUUUCUUCUCCUGUGUUUCUCUUAACAAGAAACAGGUUUAGAUAGUCACUACCAAGCCUGAAUGCUACCACCUAAAGUAGACUUUUUUCUUUUAUCAAGUACCUUUGAUACACCCCCCCCAAGAGACUGUCAAGCAAGGGUCUUUUCCCAGAAGAUUCCAAAAAUAAAGGAAUGUUAAAAUAAAGAUUCAUUUUAAAUAAAGAUGUUUUAAAUAAAUUAUUUAUGCAUAUAGGUUUGACAGUCUCUAUCUGAUUUGGUUUCUGACAUACUCCUGCAGUAAGAUAGCUAGUAUUUACUACUCUUGUUCCCUUUCAAGAAUUAAUGUGAUGUUUCUCUCUCUCAAGGUUAUAAAGGUUUUUAGAUCAUUACCUGUAUCUUUAGUCAGAGUUGUGUCCACUGUUCAUCAGAAAGAACUUACCUUACAGUAACUCUGGUUGAGAUGUGUUGUCCACGCAGGUUGCCCGCUUGGGGCACAUGCAUCCCUUGUGCACAAGAUGAGAUUCUUUUGGAUAGCAGUAUCCAUUAGGACCAUGGCUGCACCCCGAGAACCCUCACAACCAUUGUAGCCCAGGGCAUAAGGGGUGGGGGCAGCCUCAACCACUUCAGUUCUUUUGCCAAUAAAGACUCAAAUUAGUGGGACAGAGGGGAGGUCAAGGAAUGUGUGUGGACAAUGCAUCUUGAAGAACCUUGGUGCUGUAAGGUAGGUAAUUGUUCUUUCAAGUGAUUUCCACACCGAUUCCACUCUUGGUCAGUCUUGGUGACAAGCAUCCCAUGCUCAGAUGUGGGUAAUAGGACUCCUAUAUAAAUACUGAAGUAUUGCAUGCUAGCAAAGUUUGCAUUUGAUCUCAAGGCCUGCAUGAAGGUUAUAGAUACAUAGUAAAAGUACAAACCGAGUACAAGCACAUCACCAGGCAUCUCUCAGUC